AUACGCCUGCAUGCAAUGGAUACCUGUGGAGAAAAGACAAACAUGGCGGAUAAUGGCAAAAUCAUGAUCGUUUUGCAGAACUUUAUCAACGGAGAAUUUCUAUCCUGCGAUCGGUACAUCGACAGCUAUGAUCCAUCUAGAGGCGAAGUAUACUGCAAAGUUCCUGACAGUGGCAAAGAACACGUAGAUUUGGCAGUCGCUGCUGCAAACGCGGCAUUCAAAAGUUGGUCAGUUAGUUCUCCUGCAUACCGCGCUGAGAGACUGAGAAAGCUUGCUGAUCUAAUUGAAGAUCGCUUGGAGGAAUUUGCUCAAGCAGAGUCACGAGACCAAGGAAAAACUGUAAACUUUGCCAGAAAUGUGGAUAUCCCAAGAUGCUGUUUAAACCUCAGAAUGUUUGCUUCAGCAAUUAUGGUUGGCUCAAAUAGCAGAGCCAACUUUUUGGAAAGCCAAGCAGUAGUGAAUUAUUCCCUCCGAAGCCCUAAAGGAGUGGCUGGACUGAUCUCUCCCUGGAAUCUGCCAUUGUACCUGUUGUCAUUCAAGAUUGCCCCAGCAGUGGCUUCUGGCUGUACUGUGGUUUGUAAACCAAGUGAGAUGACAUCCGUGACAGCAUGGAUGAUGGCCGAGCUUAUCAAUGAUGCAGGUUUUCCUCCAGGGGUCAUCAACAUCGUCUUUGGCACAGGAUCCCGUACUGGCUCUGCUAUAGUGCAGCACCCUGAUGUCCACUUGAUCUCUUUUACUGGCUCAACAACAAUUGGCGAGCUCAUCACCAAAAUGAGUGCUCCAUUUUGCAAAAAGCUGUCACUUGAGCUUGGGGGUAAAAAUCCAUCCUUAGUGUUUGAGGAUGCCGAUCUUGCUAAAUGUGUUACUACAUCUGUGAGGUCAAGUUUUGCAAACCAAGGCGAGAUCUGCUUGUGUACUAGCCGCAUCUUUGUGCAGCGCAGCAUCUAUGACAAUUUCCUGGACAUGUUUGUACAGGAAACUAGGAAACUGAUAGUAGGCCCACCCACAGAGAACUUCUCAUUCAUGGGUGCACUAAUCAGUAAAGAUCACCUGGAAAAGGUCAAGGGAUACAUAAGAAUUGCUAAAGAGGACGGAGGCACAGUUCUUUGUGGGGAAAGCAAAGACCCUCCCCCUGACCUCCCCAAAGAGUACAAGAAUGGAUAUUUCAUGAGGCCCACUGUAAUUACAGAUGUGAAGGACAGCUCACGGUGCAUGCAGGAGGAGAUAUUUGGUCCUGUCACUUGCGUUGUACCCUUUGACACGGAGGACGAGGUCAUUGAACGGGCCAAUGGCGUGAAGUAUGGGCUAAGCGCAUGCGUUUGGACAGAGAACCUAUCGCGGGCUCACCGUGUAUCACAUCGCCUCCAGGCGGGGACAGUGUGGUGUAACUGCUGGCUCGUACGCGACCUCAACAUGCCUUUUGGAGGAACUAAGAUGUCCGGGGUCGGACGAGAAGGAACGCACGAAUCCCUAGAGUUCUUCACAGAGUCCAAGACCAUCUGCAUCAAGAUGUAACCAAAGGCUCUUCAAGGUGUCCAUCGAGACGCGACCAGAUCAAGUCUAAAGAGUUCUCGAGUUAAACAGUUCUACAGAGACAGUCAUAGGUACACAUGAAAAAAGCAUAGUAUUUGAAGAUAUCUUAACAAAAAAUUAACCACUUUUUGGCCGCCAGGGGUGCGCACGCACCCUGCGUACCCCUCUGUGUACGCGCCUGAUCUGUAUCAAGAUGUACUCAACUUAGAGGAACACUAGCUAGGCGCUUGCUUAGAAGCCAGUGCAUCAAAGAGUGUAUUUAGGGCGGGGUGAGAGUGGAGGGCAUUAGCGCGAAUGAGCUGGGUAUAUGGAUCUCAGUCGUUUUCUCCCUGGCGCGAGGGGAAAUUGCUAGAGAUAAAAUUAGAGAGCUUAAACAAGUCAACACGAACGGCAUCAAAGAACGGCGUUGACGUCCGUGACAGGAAAUCUCGAACGGAAUUUACCUAUUUUUACGUUCUUCGCGCACGGUCAUGGACGUCAACGCCGUUUUUCAACAAUUCGUGAGCGCGCGCGCCGUUUUUGAUGCCGUUCGUGUUGACUUGCUUUAGCUCUCUAUUGUGUGCAAGACGCAGACUGCUACAGUAGCAUUCAGACUGCAGUUUUCAGGCCAAGGAUGAUGGAACCCCACUCGCUUGAAAAAGGCACCUAGUUAUCCAAAAUGACAGUUUUUAGACUGCGAUGAUAAACCAAGCACACUAAUUUUAAAGAGAGCUAAAGCUCUCAAAUUAUUUUUUAAUUUAGAGAAAUGCAUGACAAGCCCUUGUACUAUAAAAGUUUGUGACCAAAAGCUAAAAAGCUUGUUGUCAGGUUUUUUUAUAUAUUUGAAAGCCUGUGGAGACGGUCGUUUUCUUAGGUUUAGAGCCUCUUAAAGUGUCUGUGAAAAUAUCCAUGAAAAUAACUGUGAGAAAUCCUGCGAAAUGCCAAAAAAAGGCUUCAGCAUAUAACAAACAGGGGGUGGUUCCUAAGCAUUCUAGAACAACUAAAAUGCUGCUUGUCCUAGGAGUAGGCAUUUGAGGGCUUGAAAGAUUUGGAUAUAAUUUUAAUAAAUCGAGCCACUCUUAGAGCAAUUCUGGAUCCAUUCAAUAGUGUCAGAUAUUUUGUAUGUGAUUCAACCUAUACCCUCUACCAUCAUCCAACUACCUCUCUUGUACUUCAUUCGAUCAACGACUCCUCCACUUUUAGGCGGGGGCUAAAUCUUCACACGUUCGAUCCCAUUAAUAUUCAUUAAAAACGUUUACAAAGAUAAUAAAACUAAAUAUUUAUAACUCAA